AUUUGGCCCCUUCGUCAACACCGAACAAAACAGCAACGGCGCCACGCCUGUGACCCUUAGCGACACACACCAGGGAGCCCACGUUUUACCUUCGCUUUUCUUACAGGGCGUCAGCCUAGACUUCAUCUUCCUCUCGGUUCAAUCCUUCUUCAUUCAUUCUACCAUCACGGCAUCCAGGACAUCGUAGUUGCGUCACGGUCAAGAAAGUUUGGUCGUCAUCUACACAUCUCCAUCCGAUCUCCAAUCGCCGUUUCAGAAAGAAAGGCGAGACGGGAAUGAAGAGCAUCACCGUCCUCGUCGCAUUCCUCCUGGGACUGGUGCUGAUGUACGCCAAAUCUCUGGAACUCAGCGAUUUCACCGUCUUGGACGGCAAGGGAAAUGCGUAUCCCUUGGCAAACCUCAGACAUGUUCCGGCGGUGCUGAUCGUGAACGUCGCUAGCCACUGCGGGUACACGGAUAGAGACUACCGCGAACUGCAGGCGCUUCGGGCUAAGCACGACGAGGACCAACUGGCGAUCGUGGCCUUCCCGUGCAACCAGUUCGGCGCGCAGGAGCCCGGCACCUGGGAGGAGAUCGCCAGCCUCGCGGACCGAAAGUUCGGGGUCACGUUCCCCAUCAUGAGCAAGAUCGACGUGAACGGGCUUCACUCCUCCCCGAUGUUCGCGUGGCUCAAGGCCGCCUCGGGCAACCCCCACGACAUCCCAUGGAACUUCACCAAGUUCCUCGUCCUGUGCGACUCGACCGUCAAGCGAUUCUCGCACGAGGUCAACCCGAUGCAAAUGGACGACAUGAUCACCAACGCUCAGAGCUUCUGCGGCGCUGGUUACGACGAGACGGGCGGCGGCACCGGGGAACUGUAACUGCUAUGACGCUAUCCCCGGAGAAAACCGGAACACGACGACAACAGCCCGGCGGAAUCACCCACCGGACGCCGCGUCAAGACAUCUAUCUGUUGCCGUAGCCCCCCGUUUAUUUUAUUCUCUGUAUAUGGCAACAAUCCGCACCCUCCGUAGACUAGAGCGAGGGGUGAAGAGACUUCCGCGGGUGUUGGCGAUGCCGUGUGAGUCGGACUCACGAACAAGAAGCUAACCAGUGGCUCUGGGUUGUCAUCUGCGCCUACGGUCUGAAGCCAAGCUCUUCUCCGCUGAUUUUUUUGUAAAAAUACUGGAAAUCCUUUUCUUUAUUUUUUGUCGUGUGCCCUCUCAACGUGAUUCACCCUUGUUGAAUUGGUGACACGUGGUUUUUGUGUGUGGAUGAUGGUGUCGUGUUGUUUGCAAGGUAAGAUAAAUAAGUUUUUUUCGUCUGCUGUUUGAUUGAAGUUGGGGUCUAGGUUCCUCCAACUCUGUAGCACUUCGAUAUAUGAUGUUUUGUGUGUUUUCGUUUGGUAUCCUGGGGUCUUGCCCCACUUGUCUUUUCGUGUUGGAAUCCCAGCAUGUCCAGCGUUUUUGAAUACAGUUCCUUGUUCAUAUGAUUGGCCUUCCGACUACCUACGAGUAUUUUUUUGUGUACGCUGUGUAUGAUAUGUACCAGUACAACCGCCCGAACUUCCUUGCGGUCUACGAGACACCCCCUGUGGUGACGGUAUUUUGGGAAGGCUUCUGCGGGGGUAAUAAGUGCCAGGAGCGCGUCAGCAGCGUUACACCGCAGACGGCAACACUUUUAGCGUUACCGGUAUGUACGUAAGCACGGAGGCAGUCUUCGUGCUGCUUUGAACUUGGCGGAACCGCAAGCACGGGACACGUCGUUUUUUUUCUAGGUACGUUACUUAGACCACCACGCGUUGCCUUGUCGUGUUUUUCUUACCACAGGUGACGGCUUGCUUUGCUAGAACGACGUCUUGUGCGUGACUGUCCGCUUUGGACUGUAGGGUGUAGUAGCAACUGCAUUUUUUUGCUUCUUGUCUUGAAGGGGAUGAGGACGGGGCGGGUUAAGGUGCGUUCUCGCUCUACGCGACACGAGCACCCUCCCUGCUCCCUAAGCGAUUUUCCCUCACGCCUCUGAAAUCAUGCGUCGCUAGGGACUUGGUCCACAAGCAUCUUCUUGUUUCAAACAUUUUCCUCCUU